AUGGAGCGCAGUUGCUGGGCCCCGCGGACUUUCCUCCUGGCGCUGUUGCUGGGGGCGACGCUGAGGGCGCGCGCGGCGGUGGGCUAUUACCCCCGCUUCUCGCCCUUCUUUUUCCUGUGCACCCACCACGGGGAGCUGGAAGGGGAUGGGGAGCAGGGCGAGGUGCUCAUUUCCCUGCAUAUUGCGGGCAACCCCACCUACUACGUACCGGGACAAGAAUACCAUGUGACGAUUUCAACAAGCACCUUCUUUGAUGGCUUGCUGGUGACAGGACUAUACACAUCUACAAGUGUGCAGGCUUCACAGAGCAUUGGAGGCUCCAAUGCUUUUGGAUUUGGAAUCAUGUCUGACCACCAGUUCGGUAACCAGUUUAUGUGCAGUGUGGUGGCCUCUCAUGUGAGUCAUCUGCCCACCACCAACCUCAGCUUCGUCUGGAUUGCCCCACCUGCUGGCACCGGCUGUGUGAAUUUCAUGGCUACAGCGACACACAGGGGCCAGAUUAUUUUCAAAGAUGCUUUAGCCCAGCAGUUGUGUGAACAAGGAGCUCCAACAGAAGCCACGAUGCACCCACAUCUAGCUGAAGUACAUAGUGACAGCAUUAUCCUACGAGAUGACUUUGACUCCUAUCACCAACUAGAGUUGAAUCCAAAUAUAUGGGUUGAAUGUAACAACUGUGAGCUCGGAGAACAGUGUGGUGCAAUUAUGCAUGGCAAUGCCGUCACCUUCUGUGAGCCAUAUGGUCCAAGAGAAUUGAUUACCACAGGCCUUAAUACAACAACAGCCUCUGUCCUCCAAUUUUCCAUUGGUUCGGGUUCAUGUCGCUUUAGUUACUCAGACCCCAGCAUCAUCGUGUCAUAUGCUAAGAAUAAUACUGCAGACUGGAUUCAGCUUGAGAAAAUUAGAGCCCCUUCCAAUGUCAGCACUAUCAUCCAUAUCCUCUACCUUCCUGAAGACGCCAAAGGGGAGAACGUCCAGUUUCAGUGGAAGCAGGAAAGUCUCCAUGUAGGUGAGGUAUAUGAAGCCUGCUGGGCCUUAGAUAACAUCCUGAUCAUCAACUCAGCUCACAGACAAGUCAUUUUAGAAGACAGUCUGGAUCCAGUAGACACCGGCAACUGGCUUUUUUUCCCAGGAGCUACAGUUAAGCAUAGCUGUCAGUCAGAUGGGAAUUCCAUUUAUUUCCAUGGAAAUGAAGGCAGCGAGUUCAAUUUUGCCACCACCCGGGAUGUAGAUCUUUCUACAGAGGAUAUUCAGGAGCAGUGGUCAGAAGAAUUUGAGAGCCAGCCUACAGGGUGGGACGUCUUAGGAGCUGUCAUUGGUACAGAAUGCGGAACAGUAGAAUCAGGUUUAUCAAUGGUCUUCCUCAAAGAUGGAGAAAGGAAAUUAUGCACACCAUAUAUGGACACCACUGGCUAUGGGAACCUGAGGUUUUAUUUUGUUAUGGGAGGAAUUUGUGACCCUGGAGAUUCUCAUGAAAAUGAUAUCACCUUGUACGCAAAGAUUGAAGGAAGAAAGGAGCACAUUACACUGGAUACUCUUUCCUAUUCCUCAUAUAAGGUUCCAUCUUUAGUUUCUGUAGUCAUCAAUCCUGAACUUCAGACUCCGGCUACAAGAUUUUGCCUCAGGCAAAAGAACCAUCAAGGGCAUAACAGGAAUAUCUGGGCUGUAGAUUUUUUCCACGUCUUACCUGUUCUCCCUUCUACGAUGUCUCACAUGAUACAGUUUUCCAUUAAUCUAGGAUGUGGAACACAUCAACCUGGUAACAGUGUCAGCCUGGAAUUUUCCACCAACCAUGGGCGUUCCUGGUCCCUCCUCCACACUGAGUGCUUGCCUGAGAUUUGUGCUGGACCCCACCUCCCCCACAGCACUAUCUACUCCUCUGAAAACUACAGUGGGUGGAACCGAAUAACGAUUCCCCUUCCUAACGCAGCACUAACCAGGGACACCAGAAUUCGCUGGAGACAAACGGGACCAAUCCUUGGAAACAUGUGGGCAAUUGAUAAUGUUUAUAUUGGUCCGUCGUGUCUCAAAUUCUGUUCCGGCAGAGGACAGUGCACUCGGCAUGGUUGCAAAUGUGACCCUGGAUUUUCUGGUCCAGCCUGUGAGAUGGCAUCCCAGACAUUCCCAAUGUUUAUUUCUGAAAGCUUCGGCAGUUCCAGGCUUUCCUCUUACCAUAACUUUUACUCUAUCCGUGGUGCUGAAGUCAGCUUUGGUUGUGGUGUCUUGGCCAGUGGUAAGGCCUUGGUUUUCAACAAAGAUGGGAGGCGUCAGCUAAUUACAUCUUUCCUUGACAGCUCACAGUCCAGGUUUCUCCAGUUCACACUGAGGCUGGGGAGCAAGUCUGUUCUGAGCACAUGCAAAGCCCCCGACCAGCCUGGUGAAGGAGUUUUAUUGCAUUAUUCUUAUGAUAAUGGGAUCACUUGGAAACUCUUGGAGCACUAUUCAUAUCUCAACUAUCAUGAGCCCAGAAUAAUCUCCGUAGAGUUACCAGAUGAUGCAAGACAGUUUGGAGUCCAGUUCAGAUGGUGGCAACCAUAUCAUUCUUCCCAGGGAGAAGAUGUGUGGGCCAUUGAUGAAAUUAUUAUGACAUCUGUCCUUUUCAACAGCAUUAGCCUUGACUUUACCAAUCUUGUGGAGGUCACUCAAUCGCUGGGAUUCUACCUUGGAAAUGUUCAGCCAUACUGUGGCCACGACUGGACACUUUGUUUCACCGGAGAUUCUAAACUUGCCUCAAGUAUGCGCUAUGUGGAAACACAGUCAAUGCAGAUAGGAGCAUCCUACAUGAUUCAGUUCAGUUUGGUGAUGGGCUGUGGCCAGACAUACACUCCACACAUGGACAACCAGGUGAAACUGGAGUACUCAACGAAUCAUGGCCUCACCUGGCACCUGGUCCAAGAGGAAUGCCUUCCAAGUAUGCCGAGUUGUCAGGAAUUCACAUCAUCAAGUAUUUACCACGCUAGUGAAUUCAUGCAGUGGAGGAGAGUCAUAGUGCUUCUUCCCCAGAAAACUUGGUCCAGUGCCACCCGCUUCCGCUGGAGUCAGAGCUAUUACACAGCCCAGGACGAGUGGGCUUUGGAUAAUAUUUACAUUGGUCAGCAGUGUCCAAAUAUGUGCAGUGGACAUGGCUCAUGUGACCACGGCAUUUGUAGGUGUGACCAAGGGUACCAAGGCACCGAAUGUCACCCGGAAGCAGCUCUUCCUUCCACGAUUAUGUCAGAUUUUGAGAACCAGAAUGGUUGGGAGUCUGACUGGCAAGAAGUUAUUGGGGGAGAAAUUGUAAAACCAGAGCAAGGGUGUGGGGUCAUCUCUUCUGGAUCAUCUCUGUAUUUCAACAAGGCUGGGAAGAGGCAGCUGGUGAGCUGGGAUCUGGACACCUCUUGGGUGGACUUUGUCCAGUUCUACAUCCAGAUUGGGGGAGAGAGCGCUGCGUGCAACAAGCCCGACAGCAGAGAGGAGGGUGUCCUCCUUCAGUACAGCAACAACGGGGGCAUCCAGUGGCACCUGCUGGCAGAAAUGUACUUCUCCGACUUCAGCAAGCCCAGGUUCGUCUACCUGGAGCUUCCAGCGGCUGCGAAGACCUCUUGCACAAGGUUCCGCUGGUGGCAGCCUGUGUUCUCAGGGGAAGGCUACGACCAGUGGGCAGUUGAUGACAUCAUCAUUCUGUCAGAGAAACAAAAGCAGGUCAUCCCCAUUGUGAACCCGACUUUACCCCAGAACUUUUAUGAGAAGCCAGCUUUUGAUUACCCUAUGAACCAGAUGAGUGUCUGGUUGAUGUUGGCCAAUGAAGGAAUGGUUAAAAACGAAACUUUCUGCUCUGCCACACCAUCGGCCAUGGUAUUUGGAAAAUCAGAUGGGGAUCGCUUUGCAGUCACGCGAGAUUUGACUCUGAAACCUGGAUAUAUUCUACAGUUUAAGCUGAACAUAGGAUGUGCUAAUCAGUUCAGCAGUGCUGCUCCAGUUCUUCUUCAGUACUCUCAUGAUGCUGGAAUGUCCUGGUUUCUGGUGAAAGAGGGCUGUUACCCCGCUUCUGCAGGCAAAGGAUGCGAAGGAAACUCCCGAGAACUAAGUGAACCCACUGUGUAUCACACAGGGGACUUUGAGGAAUGGACGAGAAUCACUGUUGUUAUUCCAAGGUCUCUUGCAUCCAGUAAAACCAGAUUCCGAUGGAUUCAGGAGAGUAGCUCACAGAAGAACGUGCCUCCCUUUGGUUUGGAUGGAGUGUACAUAUCUGAGCCUUGUCCCAGCUACUGCAGUGGCCAUGGGGACUGUGUCUCUGGGGUGUGUUUCUGUGACCUGGGCUAUACCGCUGCACACGGAACCUGUGUCUCUAAUGUCCCCAAUCACAGUGAGAUGUUCGAUAGGUUCGAGGGGAAGCUCAGCCCUCUGUGGUACAAGAUAACUGGAGGCCAGGUUGGAACUGGCUGUGGAACACUGAGUGACGGCAAAGCUCUCUACUUCAAUGGCCCCGGGAAAAGGGAGGCAAGGACAGUCCCUCUGGACACCAGGAAUAUCAGACUCGUUCAGUUUUACGUACAAAUUGGAAGCAAAACUUCAGGGAUUACCUGCAUCAAACCAAGAGCUAGAAAUGAAGGGCUUGUUGUUCAGUAUUCAAAUGACAAUGGCAUACUCUGGCAUUUGCUUCGAGAGUUGGACUACAUGUCGUUUCUGGAACCACAGAUCAUUUCCAUUGACCUGCCACGGGAGGCGAAGACCUCCGCUACAGCUUUUCGUUGGUGGCAACCCCAACACGGGAAGCAUUCAGCCCAGUGGGCCUUGGAUGAUGUCCUUAUAGGAAUGAAUGACAGCUCUCAAACUGGGUUUCAAGACAAAUUUGAUGGCUCCAUAGAUUUGCAAGCCAGCUGGUAUCGAAUACAAGGAGGUCAAGUCGGCAUUGACUGUCUCUCUAUGGAUACUGCUCUGAUAUUCACUGAAAACAUAGGGAAACCUCGUUAUGCUGAGACCUGGGACUUCCAUGUGUCAGCAUCGACCUUCUUGCAGUUUGAAAUGAGCAUGGGGUGUAGCAAGCCCUUCAGCAACACCCACGGUGUGCAGCUCCAGUAUUCUCUAAAUAACGGCAGGGACUGGCAUCUCGUCACUGAAGAGUGUGUGCCUCCAACCAUCGGCUGUCUACACUACACAGAAAGUUCCGUUUACACCUCAGAAAGAUUCCAGAAUUGGAAGCGGAUCACUGUCUACCUUCCCCUCGCCUCCAUAUCUCCCAGGACCCGGUUCAGAUGGAUUCAGUCCAACUACACCAUGGGGGCAGACUCCUGGGCUAUUGAUAAUGUUGUGCUGGCCUCAGGGUGCCCCUGGAUGUGCUCAGGACGAGGGAUUUGUGAUGCUGGACGCUGUGUGUGUGACCGGGGCUUUGGGGGAGCCUACUGUGUGCCCAUGGUUCCCCUGCCCUCGAUUCUUAAGGAUGAUUUCAAUGGAAACCUACAUCCGGACCUUUGGCCUGAAGUGUAUGGUGCAGAGAGGGGGAACCUGAAUGGCGAAACCAUCAAAUCUGGAACAUCGCUCAUCUUUAAAGGGGAAGGACUGAGGAUGUUUAUUUCAAGAGAUCUUGACUGUACCAACACUAUGUAUGUCCAGUUUUCACUUAGAUUUAUAGCAAAAGGUACCCCAGAAAGGUCUCACUCUAUUCUAUUACAAUUCUCCAUCAAUGGGGGAAUCACCUGGCUCCUAAUGGAUGAAUUUUACUUCCCUCAAACAACCAACAUACUUUUCAUUAAUGUCCCCUUGCCAAAUACUGCCCAAACCAACGCUACAAGAUUUAGACUCUGGCAGCCUUAUAACAAUGGUAAAAAAGAAGAAAUCUGGAUUGUUGAUGACUUCAUUAUUGAUGGCAAUAAUCUAAACAACCCUCUGAUGCUUCUGGAUACAUUUGACUUUGGACCCAGAGAAGACAAUUGGUUUUUCUAUCCCGGUGGUAACAUUGGUCUUUAUUGCCCAUAUUCUUCGAAAGGAGCACCUGAGGAAGAUUCAGCUAUGGUAUUUGUUUCAAAUGAAGUUGGUGAGCAUUCCAUUACCACUCGUGACCUGGAUGUCAAUGAGAACACCAUCAUCCAGUUUGAGAUCAAUGUUGGCUGCUCCACCGAUAGCUCAUCUACUGAUCCGGUCAGACUGGAAUUUUCAAGGGACUUUGGCGCGACCUGGCACCUGCUGCUCCCCUUGUGCUACCACAGCAGCGGCCACGUCAGCUCGCUGUGCUCCACCGAACACCACCCAAGCAGCACCUACUACGCAGGGACCACCCAGGGCUGGAGGAGGGAGGUGGUGCACUUCGGGAAGCUGCACCUUUGCGGAUCUGUGCGUUUCAGAUGGUACCAAGGAUUUUACCCUGCUGGCUCUCAGCCCGUGACAUGGGCCAUUGACAAUGUCUAUAUUGGUCCCCAAUGUGAAGAGAUGUGUAACGGACAUGGGAGUUGUAUCAAUGGAACCAAGUGUAUAUGUGACCCUGGCUACUCAGGUCCAACCUGUAAAAUAAGCACCAAAAAUCCUGAUUUUCUCAAAGAUGAUUUCGAAGGCCAGCUUGAAUCUGAUAGAUUUUUAUUAAUGAGUGGUGGAAAGCCAUCUCGGAAAUGUGGAAUUCUUUCCAGUGGAAACAACCUCUUUUUUAAUGAAGAUGGCUUGCGCAUGUUGACAACACGAGAUCUGGAUUUAUCACAUGCUAGAUUUGUGCAGUUCUUCAUGAGGCUGGGAUGUGGUAAGGGUGUUCCUGACCCCAGGAGCCAACCGGUGCUUCUACAGUAUUCGCUCAAUGGCGGCCUCUCCUGGAGCCUCCUUCAAGAGUUCCUAUUCAGCAAUUCCAGCAAUGUGGGCAGGUACAUUGCCCUGGAGAUACCCUUGAAAGCCCGUUCCACUUCUACUCGCCUCCGCUGGUGGCAACCAUCUGAAAAUGGGCACUUCUACAGUCCAUGGGUUAUCGACCAGAUUCUUAUUGGGGGAAAUAUUUCUGGGAAUACAGUCUUGGAGGAUGAUUUCACAAGUCUGGAUAGUAGGAAAUGGCUGCUCCACCCCGGAGGCACCAAGAUGCCUGUGUGUGGCUCUGCCGGCGAUGCCCUGGUCUUUAUUGAAAAAGCCAGCACCCGCUAUGUGGUCACCACAGACAUUGCCGUGAAUGAGGAUUCAUUCCUGCAGAUAGAUUUUGCCGCCUCCUGCUCCGUCACAGACUCCUGUUAUGCUAUUGAACUGGAAUACUCAGUAGACCUUGGAUUAUCAUGGCACCCAUUGGUAAGGGACUGUCUACCUACCAAUGUUGAAUGCAGUCGCUAUCACCUGCAGCGGAUCCUGGUGUCAGACACUUUCAACAAAUGGACCAGAAUCACUCUGCCUCUCCCUCCCUAUGCCAGGUCUCAAGCCACUCGUUUCCGUUGGCAUCAACCAGCUCCUUUUGACAAGCAGCAGACAUGGGCAAUAGAUAAUGUCUAUAUUGGGGAUGGCUGCAUAGAUAUGUGCAGUGGCCAUGGAAGGUGCAUCCAAGGAAACUGUGUCUGUGACGAGCAAUGGGGUGGCCUGUAUUGUGAUGAGCCCGAGACCUCCCUUCCAACCCAGCUCAAAGACAACUUCAAUCGAGCUCCUUCUACACAGAACUGGUUGACUGUGAACGGAGGGAAACUAAGUACUGUGUGUGGCGCCGUGGCUUCGGGAAUGGCUCUCCAUUUCAGUGGGGGUUGUAGUCGACUGUUAGUCACGGUGGAUCUAAACCUCACUAAUGCUGAGUUUAUCCAGUUUUACUUCAUGUACGGAUGCCUGAUUACACCAAAUAACCGUAACCAAGGUGUUCUUCUGGAAUAUUCUGUCAAUGGAGGCAUUACCUGGAAUCUGCUAAUGGAGAUUUUCUAUGACCAAUACAGUAAACCUGGGUUCGUGAAUAUCCUUCUCCCUCCUGAUGCUAAAGAGAUUGCCACUCGCUUCCGCUGGUGGCAGCCAAGACACGACGGCCUGGAUCAGAAUGACUGGGCCAUCGACAACGUCCUCAUCUCGGGCUCUGCAGACCAGAGGACAGUCAUGCUGGACACCUUCAGCAGUGCCCCUGUGCCCCAGCACGAGCGCUCCCCCGCAGACGCCGGCCCCGUCGGGAGAAUUGCUUUUGACAUGUUUAUGGAGGAUAAAACUGCAGUGAAUGAGCAUUGGCUGUUCCAUGAUGAUUGCACAGUAGAAAGAUUCUGUGAUUCCCCUGAUGGCGUCAUGAUUUGUGGCAGCCAUGAUGGAAGGGAGGUGUAUGCAGUGACCCACGAUCUGACUCCCACUGAAGGCUGGAUCAUGCAAUUCAAGAUCUCUGUUGGAUGUAAAGUGUCUGAAAAAGUUGCCCAGAACCAAAUUCAUGUGCAGUAUUCUACUGACUUCGGUGUGAGCUGGAAUUAUCUGGUUCCUCAGUGCUUACCGGCAGACCCAAAAUGCUCUGGAAGUGUUUCCCAGCCAUCUGUAUUCUUUCCAACCAAAGGGUGGAAAAGGAUCACCUACCCACUUCCUGAAAGCUUAGUGGGGAAUCCAGUAAGAUUGAGGUUCUAUCAGAAGUACUCAGAUAUGCAAUGGGCAAUCGAUAAUUUCUACCUGGGCCCUGGAUGCUUGGACAACUGUAGGGGCCACGGAGAUUGCUUAAAGGAACAGUGCAUCUGUGAUCCGGGAUACUCUGGGCCCAACUGCUACUUGACUCACACUCUGAAGGUAAUGUUAAUGCCCCAGAAGGAAGCAUUUACUCACACUGCAGGUUGUGCCAUAAGAGCCAUUGUAAAUGUGAGUCUAAUAAGUUAUAACAGUGGUCUCUGGGUGUCCCAAUUCCUGCAAUACUGGGGGCGCAUCGGUAGUGAGAACAACAUGACCUCCUGUCAUCGGCCCAUCUGCCGGAAGGAAGGCGUGCUGUUGGACUACUCUACUGAUGGAGGAAUUACUUGGACUUUGCUCCACGAGAUGGAUUACCAGAAAUACAUUUCUGUUAGACAUGACUACAUACUUCUUCCCGAGGAUGCCCUCACCAACACAACUCGACUUCGCUGGUGGCAGCCUUUUGUGAUCAGCAAUGGACUUGUAGUCUCUGGAGUGGAGCGUGCACAAUGGGCACUAGACAACAUUCUGAUUGGCGGAGCAGAAAUCAAUCCCAGUCAACUGGUCGACACAUUUGAUGAUGAAGGCACUUCCCAUGAAGAAAACUGGAGUUUUUACCCUAAUGCAGUAAGGACAGCAGGAUUCUGUGGCAACCCAUCCUUCCACCUCUACUGGCCGAAUAAAAAGAAGGACAAAACUCACAAUGCUCUCUCCUCCAGAGAGCUCAUUAUACAGCCAGGAUAUAUGAUGCAGUUUAAAAUCGUGGUGGGUUGUGAAGCUACUUCUUGUGGUGAUCUUCAUUCUGUGAUGUUGGAGUACACUAAGGAUGCAAGGUCUGAUUCCUGGCAGCUCGUGCAGACCCAGUGCCUUCCUUCCUCUUCCAACAGCAUCGGCUGCUCCCCCUUCCAGUUCCAUGAAGCCACCAUCUACAACGCUGUAAACAGCUCAACCUGGAAGAGAAUCACCAUUCAGCUGCCUGACCACGUCUCCUCUAGUGCAACACAGUUCCGCUGGAUCCAGAAGGGAGAAGAAACUGAGAAGCAAAGCUGGGCGAUCGACCACGUGUACAUCGGAGAGGCUUGCCCCAAGCUCUGCAGUGGGCAUGGGUACUGCACCACAGGCGCCGUCUGCAUCUGUGACGAAAGCUUCCAAGGUGAUGACUGCUCUGUUUUCAGUCAUGAUCUUCCCAGUUAUAUUAAAGAUAAUUUUGAGUCAGCAAGAGUCACUGAGGCAAACUGGGAAACCAUUCAAGGUGGAGGGAUAGGAAGCGGCUGUGGGCAGCUGGCACCCUACGCGCAUGGGGACUCACUCUAUUUUAAUGGCUGUCAGAUAAGGCAGGCUGCCACCAAGCCUCUGGACCUCACUCGAGCAAGCAAAAUCAUGUUUGUUUUGCAAAUUGGGAGCACGUCACAGACAGACAGCUGCAACAGUGACCUGAGUGGCCCCCACGCGGUGGACAAGGCUGUGCUGCUGCAGUAUAGUGUCAACAAUGGGGUCACCUGGCACGUCAUCGCACAGCACCAGCCCAAGGACUUCACGCAGGCGCAGAGAGUGUCUUACAACGUACCCCUGGAGGCUCGGAUGAAGGGAGUUUUAUUACGCUGGUGGCAACCACGCCACAAUGGAACAGGUCAUGAUCAGUGGGCUUUGGACCAUGUGGAGGUCGUCCUUUCCUGUAGAACUGGAAAGCUUAUGUCUCGACGUGUUCGGACUGAUGGCUCCAAGUGGUUGGCAAGGAGAGGCGAAUCUUCUCGAGUAAGCACUCGCAAACAAAAUUACAUGAUGAAUUUUUCACGACAACAUGGGCUCAGGCACUUCUACAACAGAAGACGAAGGUCACUUAGACGAUACCCAUGAAGAGUCAAAAAGCUUAUUUUCCUUCCAACAUGUGGCGUGUUGCUUCCCAUUCUUUUAAAAUCUCGCACUGCAUCUGAUAUCAGGAAAAUUCUGUGAAGGACUUGGUGACUAAUGGAAAGCCCUUCUCAAGACCGAGUGUCCACCACUUCCCCACACUGUGAACUAAUGACAAGUGACUUAUUUUCUCAUCAGUAAAUGUCUUCAUGUUGCUGUGUCCGUGAAAAUUGUGAUCUGUUGUAAUAUCAGUUACAGUGGCAGUAUUGAAAAUAAGAAAUAGUUUAACAGGAAAAAAAGUUUAAGCACAAAAAUUUAAGAGAUUUUAUGUUUAAAAUGGCAUUUAGUACAGAAUUUAACAUUCUUGGUCACAAAGCUAUUUAAGUGGACUGUAUUUCAGCUAUGUAUCAUGUUUUAUAUGAUUAAAUUAUCAUUGUUCUUUUAUGUAUUAUCUUCUAUAGUAUAACACAUUGACACUGUAUUUCUUGUUAUGUUGCAAUAUUUUGCUGCUGAAUUUCAGGCUACUUAUAUUCUGUGGAAAAUUCAUUGAAAUACCUACUCAAGAAGAUAGUUGUAAAGAUAUUGUAUCUCCUUUAAUAUACUCCUUAAAAUGUAUGUUGGUUUAGCGUUGUUUUGUGGAUAAGAAAAAUGCUUGACCUUGAAAUAUUUUCUACUUAAAAAUUGUGGAUGAAAAACCCUAUCUCUCACAAAGUUCCUAGCUCCUUGUCUAAUGAUUUUUUUUAAAGUGUUCCGUGGCUGAUUUACUAACAGUAACUGCCAUUUUGUGUCUGUGGUAACAAGAGUGAUUUGUAAAACAGUGGAUGUUUUCAUUGUGUUCUCUUUGUGGAUUGUUUUCCCUGCGGGUCAUUCUCAUACCUUCUGAUGAAGUUGUACCAACACCAGCAGCACUGAAAUGGCCCUGUAGCCCUGAACUCUCUAUUCACCUAACCGAAAGGUGUACUCUAGGGUGAACCAAGCUAAAAGCCCAUGCUUAAAUAAAAAUUAUGUCCAUAAGCCAA